UCUCAGGGACAUAAUGUGAGAAUGCUUCCAUUUUCCGGAGAUGUUAAAUCGUUUAAUGAACUUUAACUGUUAGUUACCCAGAUCUUAGGGCUAAAACAUAAACAUUUAGUCUCCUAAGGGAAGGUCUAGUAUCAAUAACAUAGGUAAAAGUGUAUAUGAAGUGCUAGUAGCCUUCCUGCUGGGGCAGGAGAGAGCAGCGUUUCUGACAGCAGCAGGCUGGCUGGGAUAGUUCAGAGCAUUUUAUCAAAAUGAGAAAACGUUCUCAUUUGGAAAGUACUCAUUUGCAAAAAAUAAACACUUCUGACUCUCUCCAUUUACCUUAGCAUAAUUUGCAAAAAUGAGCAGAGCAAUCACCAUUUGAAAGGCAGCUCUGAAUUUAACCAAGAUGUUUGUGAAGAUGACAGCAGCCCUGCUCCUGCUACAGCUGAGUGGCUUCUUUGGAUCUGGGAGUGGGGGGAAGGUGCUGGUGUGGCCAGUGGAAUUCAGCCAUUGGCUCAACUUAAAGAGAAUCCUGGAUGAGCUGGUGAAGAAGGGUCAUGAGGUGACUGUUCUGAUACCCUCAGUUUCCUUUUCCUAUAAAGUCGAGGACACAUCUGCCAUUGAAUUUGAAAUAUACCCUUCAUCAUAUGACAUGGAUGGUCUACAGGAAAUUUUCAGAGAAUCCAUCAAUAAACACAUUUAUGAGCUGCCAAAGCAAUCAUAUUGGAGAUACUUUUUAAUGUUGCAAGAAUUGGUUUGGAUAGUCUCAGAUUAUACUGAAAGUCUCUGCAGAGAUGUUGUUUUCAACAAGGAACUCAUGGCAAAACUACACAAUUCAAGCUUUGAUGUCAUCCUGGCAGAUCCCUUCGUACCCUGUGGUGACCUGCUGGCCGAGAUUCUCCAGAUACCACUUGUGUUCAGUCUCCGCUUCUUUCCUGGCUCCACGUAUGAAAAGUACAGUGGAGGACUCCCCCUACCUCCUUCCUACGUGCCACCUGCUCUAUCAGAACUGAGUGACCGGAUGACAUUCAUGGAGAGGGUACAAAAUGUAAUCUAUGUGCUUUGUUUUGACUUUUGGUUCCAAACAUUUAAUGAGAAGAAGUGGAAUCAGCUUUACAGUGAAGUAUUAGGACGACCCACGACACUCGUGGAGAUGAUGGGGAAGGCAGAUAUAUGGCUCAUCAGAACCUACUGGGAUCUGGAAUUUCCUCACCCAUUCUUACCAAAUUUUGAUUUUGUUGGAGGACUGCACUGCAGACCUGCCAAGCCUCUGCCUAAGGACAUAGAAGACUUCGUCCAGUCAUCUGGAGAACACGGUGUUGUGGUGUUUUCCCUGGGGUCCAUGGUGGGAAACCUAACAGAAGAAAGGGCCAAUGUGAUUGCAGCAGGCCUCGCCCAGAUUCCACAGAAGGUUCUUUGGCGAUUUGAAGGCAAGAAGCCAGAAACCUUGGGCUCCAACACUAGGCUGUACAAAUGGAUCCCCCAGAACGACCUUCUCGGUCAUCCUAAAACCAGAGCUUUUAUAACUCAUGGUGGCACCAAUGGCCUCUAUGAGGCAAUCUACCACGGGGUCCCUGUGGUUGGCAUUCCUUUGUUUGGAGACCAGUUUGAUAAUGUUGUUCACAUGAAGACCAAGGGAGCGGGUGUUAGACUGGACUUUCUCACAAUGUCCAGUACAGAUUUGCUCAAUGCCGUAAAGACAGUCACUACUGACCCUUCCUAUAAAGAGAAUGCCAUGCGGCUAUCAAGAAUUCACCACGAUCAGCCAGUGAAGCCCCUGGACAGAGCCGUCUUCUGGGUUGAGUACGUCAUGCGCAACAAAGGAGCCAAGCACCUUCGUGUGGCAGCUCACGACCUCACCUGGUUCCAGUACCACUCUCUGGACGUGAUUGGAUUCCUGCUUGCCUGUGUGGUGACUGCGAUCUUCAUCACCACAAAGUGCUGUCUCUUUUGUUGUCAGAAGUUUGGUAGCACUGGAAAAAAGAAAAGGGAGUAACUGAGGUGGGGAGAACAGACACAUGGACCUCCUCCAGUGCAUCACAACAAGGGAGACUUUCCAGGAUUUCCUUCAUUUCAACUGACUUGGACAUUAUCACUCUAUUUCAUCAUUUUCUAUUACACUUGGGCUGUCAAAGGUUCCUUUUCCCCUCACUUGUAAAGUACACAUGCCAGACAACACCACAAAUUAUUUCAGUCCCAAAAGCACUGACCUCAUAUUGUAUACCAAUUCUGAAAUGUCCCUACAACUCA